UUGUAUUUGACCCUGUUUUAAAAAACAGUGUACGAGAAGAUGGACCUCCUGCCGCUGUUGUUGUUGGUCGUCCUCUGCGUUCUUCAGUCCUCCAGUAAACCCAUGGAGAAGAAGGAGCGCAUCCAUCACGACGCCCCCCUCAGCAACAAGGAGCACGACGAUGAGGAGAACUUCGACUACGACCACGAGGCUUUUCUCGGGCAAGAGGAGGCGAAGACCUUUGACCAGCUCACGCCAGAGGAGAGCAAAGAGAGACUGGGUAUGAUUGUAGAAAAGAUUGACGAGGAUCACGACGGCUUUGUGACCGCUGAUGAGAUGAAACGGUGGAUCAAACACGCUCAGAAGCGAUGGAUCUAUGACGAUGUGGACCGGCAGUGGCAGGCUCACGAUCUCAACUCAGACACUUAUGUCUCCUGGGAGGAAUACCAGAACGCUACCUACGGCUACAUCCUUGAUGAAGCAGAUCCCGAGGAUGGUUUUAACUACAGGCAGAUGAUGGCUAGAGAUGAGCGCCGUUUCAAGAUGGCUGACCAAGAUGGUGAUAUGAGGGCCAAUAAAGAAGAGUUUACGGCGUUUCUUCAUCCCGAGGAGUUUGACCACAUGAAGGAUAUUAUAGUGCUGGAGACCAUGGAGGACAUUGAUAAAAAUGGAGAUGGUUUAAUCGACCUUGAUGAAUAUAUUGGUGAUAUGUACAGUCAGAAUGGAGAUGCGAAUGAACCCGAAUGGGUGAAAACAGAAAGAGAGCAGUUUACAGAGUUCAGGGAUAAAAACAAAGAUGGCCAUAUGAAUAUGGACGAGACCCGUGACUGGAUCUUGCCCUCUGAUUACGAUCAUGCAGAGGCUGAGGCCAAACAUCUGCUGUAUGAAUCUGACGCAGAUAAGGACGGACGCCUCACAAAGCAGGAAAUUGUGGAUAAGUAUGACUUAUUUGUCGGGAGCCAGGCAACAGAUUUUGGAGAAGCGCUGGUCCGGCAUGAUGAGUUUUAAUUUUGCAAACUUUGCACCUGAAAAAUGCAAAACGAACAAUAAUUUAUUUUAUGGUUUCAAGCAUAACACAUUGUGAAUCAUUACGGUGUUUACAAAACAUUUCUGUUUUUCCACAGCAUCUCGAUCAAAUGCAUUUUUUUUUUUUUUUUUUUACCUUUUCCGUGAACACUUUUUUUUUCAUAGAUAAACUCAGCACCGUUGGAUUCUGACAUGAUUUCAAAUGCACUGAUGAAAUGGUAUUCAGGUCAGCUUGUGAAGCUUGUCAAAGUUUGUCUGAUGGUCUAUAUUGCACUAAAAUGCGGCCAUAUAAUGCAGCAUAAUGGCAUGUGUGUAACCCGACACGGCAUAGAGCAAUGACCGCCCACUAGUGUUUUACAUGGCACAAAAUAUAAACACUUUUUUUUUUGUUUCUUUUUUUUUUUUUUUUAAGGUAUAUAAAAAUAAUACCCUCAUGUAAACUACUUUUCUAAAUAAUAUAAAAGGUCUUUCAACCACUACAUGUAUGUGUUUAUCUCCAUUUAGCCAGAGGAUGUAUGAUGUUUGACAUGACGCUAAGUAGUAGACCGUAUUAAGUAUGUUGCAUAAUUUCAUGGUCUUUCUUUGGCUUAAAAUACAUCCAACCAGAAUGUUCUGCAUUGGUUCCUGCAGCAACACGGAUCAGAACAUCAAGGAUUAUCUUUGUCAAUCUAUGGACAGAUAAAAGCUAUGUUUAAAAUUGAUCAAUCAACUGAUUGGGUGCUCCUUUAUGAACAAAACCCCCUGCAUGAAGGGCUAUUGAACAUCAUUCCACCCACUGCAACCUGUCAUUAAGAGCUUUAUGAAGUGUUAGUACUCUCAUUAUUAGACUGUAAGCUGUUCUUUCCUCAAGUGCCUUCUUCUGUCUCCUUCAAUCUUCAGACUGCUUUAACAUUAAUAUGCCAGACUUUAUUUUCGGUUUUCUUACCUUUCUUCCCGUGACUGAAAAUGACCUCCUCUCAUUAGUAUUAAAUUUGUGUGUAUAUAUAUAUAUAUAUGUUUAUAAUUGAAUGUGAACUGUGUUUAGUAGGCUGUGGUGUGGUAAAUACUGUCUCAUAGCUGAGAGUGUUUUCUCAAUAAAAUUGAUGAAAAUUAACCACAUUUUCAA